AUGACGCCGCGACACUCAAUUGAGAGUCCACCAGACUCAAUUGAAAUGGAGCAUUCAACAGGAAGCGAGGGCACAUACACCCGCCCAUCGCCCCUCACACGAAGCAACACCAUGAUAAUGGACGAGCAAGACCAACAAGAGCUCCAAAGAAUCGCAACUGGCAUUUCCCAACGCCGCAGACAGAGCUUCGCCACAGUCCCCUCCAGAAUCGCCACCAUCAACGAAGAAGACCCCGCAUUGGACCCUACAAACAAAGCCUUCGACUUGUCGAAAUGGCUACCGGCUUUCAUGCACCAACUGCAGGAAGCAGGCGUCGGUCCCAAGAGCGCUGGUGUCGCCUUCAAGAAUCUGAGUGUCUACGGCACGGGAGCGGCGCUGCAGCUGCAGAAGACGGUGGCGGAUGUUAUCCAGGCGCCGUUGAGGAUUGGUGAGCAUUUCAAGUCGGGCAAGAAAGAGCCGAAGAGGAUUCUUCAUCAAUUCGAUGGGUUGCUAAGAGGUGGUGAGACGCUUAUUGUUCUCGGUCGGCCUGGCUCAGGAUGCUCGACGCUGCUCAAGACUAUGACGGGUGAGCUUGAGGGACUGCACCUCGGAGAGGAGUCGAUGAUUACGUAUAAUGGUAUCUCACAGAAGGAUAUGAUGAAGGAGUUCAAGGGCGAGACCGGUUACAACCAAGAGGUCGAUAAGCAUUUCCCUCAUCUCACCGUCGGCCAAACGCUAGAGUUCGCCGCUGCAUGCCGUCUCCCCUCCGACCCCGAAAAGCUCGGCCUCGAUGGAACACGCGAAGAAACGGUCAAGAACGCCACCAAGAUCGUCAUGGCGAUUUGCGGCUUGAGCCAUACAUACAACACCAAGGUCGGCAAUGAUUUUAUCCGCGGUGUCUCUGGUGGUGAGCGAAAGCGAGUUAGUAUUGCUGAGAUGAUGCUUGCUCAGUCGCCAAUGGCUGCGUGGGAUAACAGUACACGAGGUCUAGACUCCGCGACAGCUCUCAAGUUCGCCCAAGCUAUUCGUCUAGCCUCCGACUACACUGGCUCUGCCAACGCCUUAGCAAUCUAUCAAGCCAGCCAAGCCAUCUACGACCUCUUCGACAAAGCAGUAGUCUUGUACGAAGGUCGCCAGAUCUACUUCGGCCCCGCGAGCAAGGCCAAGGCCUACUUUGAGAAAAUGGGCUGGGAAUGCCCUGCUCGUCAGACCGCGGGCGAUUUCCUCACUUCCGUGACGAACCCGCAGGAGCGAAAGGCCAGACCAGGUAUGGAGAACAAGGUUCCUCGUACGGCGGAGGAGUUUGAGCUCUACUGGCAUAACUCGCCUGAGUGUAAGAGGCUACGGGAGGAGAUUGAGGUGUAUCAGCAGGAUUAUCCUUCACAUAACCGCUCUGAGGCUAUUGCGCCUUUGAGGGAGCGCAAGGCUCUUGUUCAGGAUAAGCAUGCUCGACCCAAGUCUCCAUACCUCAUCAGCUUCGUAACUCAGAUCCGCCUGACGACCAAGCGAGCCUACCAGCGAAUCUGGAACGAUCUUUCAGCGACAGCAACACACGUUGCAAUCGAUGUAAUCAUGUCUCUCAUCAUCGGUUCAGUCUACUACGGCACUGGCAACGGAUCCGCAAGCUUCUACUCCAAAGGCGCAGUUCUCUUCAUGGGUAUUCUCAUGAACGCACUCGCCGCCAUCUCCGAGAUCAACAAUCUCUACUCCCAGCGCCCCAUCGUCGAGAAACAUGCCUCCUACGCCUUCUACCACCCCGCAGCUGAAGCCAUCUCCGGUAUCGUGGCGGACAUACCCAUCAAGUUCAUCUCGGCGACUGUCUUCAACAUCAUCUUGUACUUCUUGGCUGGUCUGCGUCGUGAGCCUGGUAACUUCUUCCUGUUCUUCCUCAUCACGUAUAUCUCGACUUUUGUCAUGUCUGCGAUCUUCAGGACGAUGGCUGCUGUGACCAAGACGGUUUCUCAGGCUAUGAUGUUGGCUGGUGUUAUGGUCCUUGCGCUUGUUAUCUAUACUGGUUUCAUGAUUCGUGUUCCGCAGAUGGUUGAUUGGUUUGGCUGGAUUAGAUGGAUUAACCCGAUUUUCUACGCCUUUGAGAUCCUGGUCGCCAACGAAUUCCACGGUCGCGAGUUUGACUGCUCCCAGUUCAUCCCAUCCUACUCCGGCCUCAGCGGCGAUACAUUCAUCUGCUCAGCCGUCGGAGCUGUAGCAGGACAGCGGACAGUCAGUGGAGAUGCCUUCAUCGAGACCAACUACCGAUACUCCUACUCCCAUGUCUGGCGCAACUUUGGCAUCCUCAUUGCCUUCCUCGUCGGCUUUAUGCUUAUCUACUUCACCGCCACAGAGCUCAACUCCAAGACCGCGAGCAAGGCUGAGGUCCUCGUCUUCCAGCGUGGCCAGGUCCCCGCUCAUCUUCAGGAUGGUGUUGACAGGAGCGUGAACAAUGAGCAGCUCGCUGUGCCUGAGAAGACCAACGAGGGCCAGGAUUCUACGGCUGGGCUUGAGCCACAGACUGAUAUCUUCACUUGGAAGGAUGUUGUCUAUGAUAUUGAGAUCAAGGGUGAGCCCAGACGUCUUCUGGAUCACGUCACUGGUUGGGUCAAGCCUGGUACUCUCACCGCUCUGAUGGGUGUCAGUGGUGCCGGAAAGACUACUCUUCUUGAUGUUUUGGCUCAGCGAACUACCAUGGGUGUCAUCACUGGAGACAUGCUUGUCAACGGAAAACCUCUCGAUGCCAGCUUCCAACGCAAGACAGGAUACGUCCAGCAGCAAGAUCUUCAUCUCGAAACCUCCACCGUUCGCGAGAGUCUCCGCUUCAGCGCCAUGCUUCGUCAACCCUCAACCGUGAGCAACGAGGAGAAGCACGAAUGGGUCGAGAAGGUCAUUGACAUGCUCAACAUGCGAGAUUUUGCCAGCGCCGUCGUCGGUGUCCCCGGUGAAGGUCUCAACGUGGAGCAACGCAAGCUUCUCACCAUCGGUGUCGAACUCGCCGCUAAGCCCAAACUCCUGCUCUUCCUCGAUGAACCUACCAGCGGUCUUGACUCACAGAGCUCAUGGGCUAUCGUCGCAUUCCUUCGCAAGCUCGCCGACGCAGGACAAGCCAUCCUCUGCACUGUCCAUCAGCCCAGCGCCAUUCUGUUCCAGGAGUUCGAUCGUCUUCUGUUCCUUGCCCGUGGUGGUAAGACUGUGUACUUCGGCGAUAUCGGCCAGAACUCGCGCACGCUUCUUGACUACUUUGAGAAGGAGGGUGCUCGGGCUUGCGGUGAUGAUGAGAACCCAGCUGAAUGGAUGCUCGAGAUCGUCAACAACGCUACUAGCUCCCAGGGUGAAGAUUGGCACACUGUUUGGCAACGCAGCCAAGAGCGUGUCGCUGUCGAAGCGGAAGUCGGUAGGAUUGCAUCUGAGAUGUCGUCAAAGAAUCCCCAGGACGAUUCUGCCAGCCAGUCCGAGUUCGCCAUGCCGUUCCGUACACAGCUCCGAGAGGUUACUACGCGAGUCUUCCAGCAGUACUGGAGAAUGCCCACGUAUAUCAUGUCGAAGCUCAUUCUUGGCACGAUCUCUGGUCUUUUUGUUGGCUUCUCUUUCUACCAGCCUGAUAACUCGUCUGCUGGCAUGCAGAAUGUCAUCUUCUCCGUCUUCAUGAUUAUCACAGUCUUCUCUACUAUUGUUCAACAGAUCCAACCUCACUUCAUCACCCAGCGCGACCUGUACGAAGUCCGAGAACGACCCAGCAAGGCCUACUCUUGGAAGGCCUUCAUCAUUGCCAACGUCAUUGUCGAGAUCCCUUGGCAGGCUCUUACUGGCAUUCUCAUGUAUGCCUGCUUCUACUACCCUGUCAUGGGCGUCCAGAGCUCAGCCCGCCAGGGCCUCGUCCUUCUCUUCAUGAUCCAGCUCAUGCUCUACGCCAGCUCGUUUGCUCAGAUGACCAUCGCUGCUCUUCCUGAUGCUCUCACUGCCUCGUCCAUUGUCACUCUCUUGGUACUCAUGAGCUUGACCUUUAAUGGUGUUUUGCAGUCUCCUGAUGCUCUUCCAGGUUUCUGGAUCUUCAUGUAUCGCGUUAGUCCUUUCACCUACUGGGUUGCAGGUGUUGUAUCUACUGAACUGGGUGGACGUCUUGUGGAGUGUUCACGAUCUGAGGUCUCGAUCUUCAAUCCUCCAUCAGGCCAGACUUGUGGCGAUUACAUGGCAGACUAUCUGAAGCAGGCUCCCGGCCAGCUGCAGAAUCCUGAUGCUACAUCGGGCUGUCAGUACUGUUCUUUGUCCAACGCCGACCAGUUUAUGGCUGGGAACAGGAUCUACUACACCGAGAGAUGGCGCAACUUUGGCAUUGUUUGGGCGUAUAUUGGCUUCAACAUCUUCGUUGCUGUCGCAACUUAUUACAUGUUCCGAGUUAAGAAGUGGAACUUUGGAAAGAAGAAGAAGGCUUGA